CAAAGUGGCCAAGGUGGAAAAACACUGGCCUAGACCCAACCAGCAUAGCUUGAGGGUCCCCCCCAAUACUGGGUUGUAAUUGUUGGUGAGGAAAUGGCCGGUCCUUGUUCGUGUGGCUAGGGCAAGCGCUUAAAUCUCAGAGAAGCCACCCAUUAGGCCUGAGCCCACUUUGCAGCUUGGUGCGCAUCACCUGAAGGAAUCUUGGGUGCCAUCUGGUUCACACGCUGCAUGAAAUGUAAUUUGGCCUGUUCGUGUUUUCUUUUUUGCAUGUGGACCAAGCCAGUGGUGGUUCGUAAACCGUUUUUGUGCCUUAAUGCAUUUCAGCCAGUUUUGGCUUAGCUAUUAAUUGUUUUCCGCUAUUAAUUAAAAAACCAGUGCCUUUUAAUGGCACUUUGCUAGAUGGAAAUGGGGCUAGCGGUGCCUGAGUUUGGGCUAACACGGCUCCCUUCCUACAACGUCUUAGUCAGCAUCUUUCCUGCAAAAGGCCCUUGCCUGGAAAUCUGGGAAAGCUCCUGCCUUUGGAAGAGCAGAUGUUGCACAGCUGGAUGGAUUAAUUUGGUUAAGGGGAACUUCAGACAGUUCCUUCUAAUGUUCUGAUGCUUUGGGGAGACCCUUGUUCUCCCACUGGAUUUUUGUGUAAGGCUCGAAGAAUACUAAGAAAAUAAUACCAGCCCUGUCCUGAAUUUAGGGAAUCUAGUUCUAACGCUGUGGCCCGUUUCCAGUCGAAAUUCUCACGACAGGAACGUUAGCUCGUUUUGGAGUGGCCUGGACUUCUUCCCCUUGGUGAACGGAAGAGCAUUUGAGAGAACGUUUUUAUUGUUGGAAAUGACUUGUUGUCAUGAAAUAAUAAACAGCUAAUCAUGAAGUACACAGGGGAACUUUCUGGACCGCAAGCUGUAAAAAUUAUUUUGGGGGCUGGUCAGAUAAAUUCUGUACUGCUGAUUGGAAGGUGAGGUCAUUGUUGAUACUGAUCUAAUCAGAGGCCUAAUCAUAGCAUUUACGUCCUUAACCGCUAAGGUAGCUGGUGAAAAUAUUGACUGAGAAGAUCCUAGCCAAAUCAGUCCAAAGCUUGGAUGGAGUCUCACAACUUGUUUCUCUUUAUGAAGACCCGCCGGGCAGCGAUAUUUUAUAGCUUUGUGUCAAGAGUCCUGCCUCACCAGAGAUGUUCCUUGACCUGAGGCCCUUCAAAAUCAUUGGGACUCCCUCUCCCAUCAUCCCUUGCCAGCAUGGCAGUUGAGGCUGAUGGAGCCUAUAGCCCAACACCUCUGGAGGAGGACACAACACUGGCAUUUUAUUUAUUUGCGGGGCUUACGUGCUGCUGAGUUGACAGUCUAGUCCAUUGCUUCUCAACCUCAUGCCGGCUGGGGAAUUCUGGGACUUGAAAUCCACGCAUCUUAAAGUUGCUAAGGUUGAGAAGCACUGGUCUAGACAGCCAUUUCAGAACCUGGCAAAUUGGAAAUCUGUAAGUAAAAAAAUUCUUGGAAUUUCUACUUGUCUUAAAAGCCUGGGGAAACUAAAAACUAGACAUAUUUGGGACCAGUCAAAGGAAAUCCAAUUUGGGAUCCCUCUGCCUUGGCCAAAGCUUCUUAAAAUGUGCAGACGCUGUGCUCACUCCCCCCCCCGACAAAUUUUGGUCUCUUGGUAGGCAGAGGGGCCCAAGCAACCUUCCAGAUCAGUUAUUCUUUCUCGUUCCAUGGAUCUCAGCCAACUUAUCUUCCUGCAAUUUGGCCUUCUCCAACCCGACAGUCAUUGGAUCUGCCCCCUAUUGGCUUGUGUGUGGGACUGGAGAAGCUUCUGGGGGACCACGUGGGGCCAUGAGAAAUGUUAGGAUAGGCUUAACUCCCAUUCAAAGUAGUUUUUUCUUCAUUUGAUGCAGGGCAACCAGUGAAGUGGCCUGAGUGAGGUUCUGCAAUUUUUAAGCCUCAACAGACCAGAGUAUAGUAGGGCGAUAGAAAUUGGAUUUUUGCUCCAGGUUUUUUCAGAUUUUUUGGGGGGUAAUUCAGAGAAGGGCACUAACCCUCCUUGAAAGCAACAGUACCAUUUCUGAUCUUUCACACAUUAAUCUUCCAAAAUACUUAAAAAAAAAAAAAAAAACGGCAAAAGGAAUGGCCUGCAUAUGGAGGAAUUGCCGUUUUUUUUUUUUUAAACAAAAUGGUUUGUUCCUCAUCUUUCUGCCAAGACUGUCAGAUGUGGACCUUCAUGCUGAGGAAUGGUGUGUGGUACUUUGAAUUGCAACCCAAGACACACACGUACACACACAUGCGCACAUAUAUCCCAUCAAUUCUUGAAACGUGGACCAAGUUGAGAAUUUUGGGACAACCAUGUCAUCAACUACAUAGCAUUGGGGCUGAAAAAUGUUCUCAUGAUCUUGGUUUGCUCUUCAUUGCUUUUGGAUGUUGCCAGUUUGGUCAGGAGAAUUCAGGGUUCCUCUUGUUCAUAUCUCCUCUCCUCAAACUGAUGACUACAGUUUUUAUAACCCUAUGCAAUAUGGCAUGAAUGAGGGUUAUUGGAGGUGAAGUCCAGCAUGCCUGAAGAGCUUGGUACGGGAAGGCUUUCCUUUGCUUUAGGAAGUGGCACACUGGCUCUUGUGCCCAUUGUGAGAUGUUAGUUAGCUGUUUGUUGGUCUCGCUUCUGAAGACCUGAGUCCUGCUUUGCUUGGAAUUGCAGGGCUCUGCUUGGUCCUAGGACACUGCUCUCUGUGCUCAACAGCUGCCUUUUGAGCAUUUUCUUGCCCUUCUCUGUUGGGCCUUGAGUUUGACGUGCAACUAUUUCCACACACAGCGUAAAAUGAAAGCGUCUGUGUGGGGGCUGGACAGAAUGGUGCUCCCUUAUCAAGGAACACCUUUUUUUACAGCAAAUUCUGUGCGUAGGAAAAGCACCUCCUGUGGUGGCUUGGGUUGCAUCCUGUCAUGCUAGAAGAACUCAAGAAGUUGUGAGCUGACUUGGGCUUAGCACGUAGAUUGCCUUGGACCCCUAACCCGCUCUUUGCAAAGACUCACACCCAACCUGUGUGGCAUCCCCCCCUUCUCCACACCUGGGGAGGCUAUGGAGUUGGGCCCUCCUGCUUCCCCCCUUCCCCCCAGCUUCUACGUGGAUGGAAGUAUUGUAAGAUGAAGGUGCCUCUUGGGUAGAUCUGCCUUCAACAUGAGUGUCUGAAGCUAACAAUAAACUUUCCUUCAUGUUGGACUAAGCUGAGCUUUGCUUACGUGCUUUUACAGGCCACUAAGACAGGUUGGCACCCAGCCACCUGGUCAGGUUAGUUUUUCAUGGGACGCUAUGGCCCCCUUUCCAGAUGCUCCUCUGCCUUGCAAGAAGAAAGAGGUAGACGUGGUAGAAGGAGGCUAUUAACGUCGUUCCCAUCAGUUCAGAGUCAGUGCAUCUCUCCUAGCACUGGCUGGCCUUUUAAGAGAAGGAUGGUUUGGGUCGGUGCUGACGCCAGAUGAAGCACCCAGGACACUGGCCCAUUUGUAGCUUUGAACCCCCUUCUAAAAUGCAUGACAAAUUCUUAACAAACAAAAGGCCCGACCUUUUCACCAGCCUCCCCUGGCCUGAUAGUUGCGGGCAGGAAGGUGCCUGGGCACCUUUCCAGUUUGUUUUACACCCUAGAGUCCCCCAUUCCCUUGCGGGGGAGGGGGCUAGGGUGGAAUCAGUCUCCAGAUAAGAACAGUUGCUUCCUACAUGCAGGAAGGACUGUCUUGUGGCAGAUUGCUGGGCCUGAAAAAGGAUCAGUGGUGCUUCCAGGUGUGUUGCAUGUGUCGUGUGGUGUCCUGUACAACUGGUGUUGUGGUCGGACCAUGCGAACAGCAACUCUGAGGGUGUUGGUUCAGAGAUCAGGACAAUUGUGAACUUGUGGGUGGGAUUUAGGAGAAUUUAGGCUAAGCUGGAAGCGGGAGCCAAGGAGGAUGCAUUCUCCCACUCGCUGCUCUUCAGGCCAGUGGCUGAAGAUGCCAGGGACAGUUGAAGGCACCACUCGCUGACUGUAGGCCUGGUCCAAACACAGGUUGGACCGAUUCACGCAAGUCCUGGGUAUGAAGGACUCCUAGGGUUGCUGGUAGCGGAACUGCCUCUGAAGGCCCUCUGCUGGGAGACGGCUGGGCUUCCUGGUGCAGUUGGUUGGUCACUGGGAGAGCGGGCUGCUGAAUGGGAUGGUCCAAGGGUCUGAUUUCCGCAUGGCUGAAGAACCAAGGGUCAAAGUUGUUGGGGUCUGUUGCGGAUGGGGUGUGGACUCUUCUCUAAAUGGGGAGGAGCGGAUGCUCCUCUCCUAGCGAAAUGCAACUGCCCAGGCGGAUUUCUAAGGCUGUUUUGGCCUGCGGAGGGGAUCUUCGAUAGCUCUAGUCUGCAACUCCUUGAAGCAGACAUGCCUUUUCUGAGGGUCGCAGGGCUGGCCUCCCCCCAGACUACGUACAGCUUAUUUCUUCUUUGAGACGCAAUUUUGUCUCGGCAUUCCCGGCUUCUUCCAGCAUCAUUUCAGGUCUGGGAAUCUCAUGAUUCCAGGAUCCUGAAUGCUGUUGGGUGCCCAGAUUCAUUUUUUAUCUGAAAUUUGCUUUAGGGCAGCAACUUACCUGCAUCCUCCAGAAUCUCCUGCAUUUGCAUGAAAAGCAUGUGGCGGCUAAGCCUUCCUGGCGGUGUGUCAAAAUGUCGUCCUUCUUCUCCCCCUGCCCUUGGUGCAGCGGUGGCCAAAUAGAAGCAACACUGCCAUAAAAGAGCUUGCACGUAGGGGAAAAUGCUUUGACAGCAAGCAUCCGUUGGCAGUUUGGGGUGUGUCUGGAGGUCCUGUGAAUGUCGUCUUCAGGCAAGAGACUGGGUUUGGUGCCUCUAAUCUUUUGCUGUUCCCUUUCUACAGGCUAUGGCGAACUCAACGGGAACAUUGGCGAGAGAGAGCCCUUCCUGAAAUCUCCCAGUGCCGGUGACUUGUCUGGCCCCAUUUCCGCGGUUCCCAAUGGCAGCCAGCCCCCCGGGGAGCCCAGCGUCGCUCUCAAACAGGCGGUGAAGGGCGGCAUGUUUGCUGGACUGAAGGCCAAGAGCUUCAGCCUGAAAAGCGGCCUGGACCGAAAGAGUGAGCGGUGCUACGAGAGCAAGGCAAGAGAGAGCCCGUCCUGGGACAAAGCUGAGAUGCACUCGGUCCCCAACGGCCUGGUCGCCAGCACCUCGGAGUACAUCGCUAACGGUUGCGUCAGCAAAGGGGCAGACAACGACGGGAGCGGGUCGGAGAGCGGCUAUACCACUCCUAAGAAGCGGAAGGGUCGGCGCAACAGCGCCAAGGGCUGCGAGAACCUGAACUUGGUGCAGGAGAAGAUCGCGCAGUGUGGCCCUCCGGUCCCAGCCGUCAUGGUUCCAGCACUGAAGCUGGAGCCGGAAGCCUUCAAGCCCGAUGGCGGGGAUCCGAAGGUGGGGGCUCGACUGGAUGGUCUGAAGCCCGCUUGGAAGUGUGAGGCGGGAGGCUUGGGGGUGGGCCGCGGGAAGCCAGGAGUUGGGGACGUGCUUCGGAAGAACUCUGAUGCCAAAGUUGGGGUGGCCAGCAAAAAGUUUGAGGAGCGUCCCAAGGGGAAGCAUGUGUUGGUGUCCUCCUCGAAAGAGGACUCCUGGACCCUUUUUAAGCCUCCCCCGGUUUUCCCCGUGGAUAACAGCAGUGCAAAGAUCGUUCCCAAGAUCAGUUACGCGAGCAAAGUGAAAGAGAACCUCAACAAGGCUGCGCAGAACUCUGCUCCUUCUCUGUCCUCCUCCUCGUCCUCCUCGUCCUCUUCGUCCUCCUUGUGUUCAUCUUCUGCAGUGGAGGUCCAGGUCCAGGCCUCCAACCGUCUCUCCCAGGUCCCCAUGUCUGCAAUGAAAUCUGUUACAUCAGCAAACUUUUCCAACGGGCCCGUCUUGGCAGGGGCUGAUCGUGGUGUGUGUCCAGCUGGGGUCCAGUCCCUGCUUGUGCCAGCUGCUAGUACUGUUCUUUCGGCUUCUUCCAAAUUGGUAUCCCAGGACGCCGGUCCCUCUCCAGUGGCCGUGGACCAGCAGAAGUCAAGUCUUUUCAUCUACCCCUCAAAUAUGCACGGUCUGUUUAACGUGGCAGCCCAGGCCGAGUCUCCAUUCCUGGCAACUCAGCAAAACCUGGGUGACAUCUUCCAGAACCAGUGGGGGUUAUCAUUUAUCAACGAACCCAGUGCAGGCCCGGAGACUACCACCAGGAAGCCAGCGGACAGUAAGCUGGCGGAGGUGACCUUUCAGGGGCCCUGCCCCGGCACGUUGGUUUCUCAGGGGGCUGAGACGCCUUCCUCGGGCCCUGACCAGCCUGCAUUCCCCAAGGCUUACGAGCUGGCCAAACGGACUAGUCCCCAGCUCUUGAGCGGUCUCUUAAAGCUGGGGGCUGCUGGGGAGGAGAGCGAUUUGCUGUUAGAGCCCCACCUGCCGGGUGGCCUGCACCAGGCCGAGCUCAGCGGCCCGGGGGCGUUUGUGUUUCUCGCCAAGGACUGUAACGUAGACAGUCGCCUGUCUUCUCCCACGAACACUUUGUUAGUCUCCACCAAAGAGCAGAGGCACCUGAGCGGUCUAGGAAGGAAAGAGAGCUGGGGGGAGUUUGACCUGAGGGCGGCUGUUCUAUAUCACAUUCAAGAAAUGGAAUCAAUUUGUAAUUUGCAAAAACGAGACCCCAAGCGGAUAGUCACUUACGCCGAAGCCCUGGACACUCCCAGCACCUGAGAACAGCCGAAGGUCUCUCCCGGGCCCAUGGUGAGCCCCCGUGUGCUGUCCCCGGAGGGGCUGCUCGGCAGCUCUGGCAAUCUGAAUCUGAAUCGCAGGAUCAUAUCUUCAAGCGUGUGUCCGUGGGUACACCUCUACACGCCUGCGUAACACAGUAUAUAUACUGGGCAUGAUGAAACUUCAUACCAAGUUGGCAGAGACUCCCAUGCGAUUAUUUAAACUCCAGUUCCAAACGGUCGGUUCUUUCCCGACUCUCGUUUUUUUCCAUUUUGUUUUCCUUUUCCUUUUUUUCCUCUUAAAAGAAACCAGAUGUGGGUAGAGACUUAGCUUGUCCCGUGGCUCUGGGCGUCGCAAGCAGAAGCGUUUCAGGUUUUUGUCUUUGUGUUUUGGGGGCUUUGCAGUCAUUGGUUACACACCAACCAGGAGGAAACUGGGAAGACUGCCCCUCUUCCGCCCCCCAGCUUUCUUCACCAGGGGGCAGGAGUUAAUCUUGAAUCAUUGUGUCUCCCCACCCUAGCAAAAAGAAAAAAAGUCGAAUUCAAACAGUUGCCAAAAUACUGGGGUUACCCUUUGGGGUGGGGGUGCGGGCCGUGUUUCCACCCUCCAAAACCCUUGACCAUUGUUGUUGGGGUGAGCAAGGUAUUCUUCUUCUAAUUAAGGUAUCCAGGGUUGGGGUAGGAGUGUGUCUGUGUGUGUGUGAGAGCAAGAGGGAGCACGCGCGCACACCAAGAUGGAAGCUCUUUCCAUCACUUUACGCAGAAUCUCCCAGGGUCAAGCAAAAAACUGGAUCCAUUCUGAGUUUUCCCUCCUUCAAGAUGAGGCUGGCAAUUCUUUAGCGUUGAUUCUUCACUGCAGAGCUGAAGCAUCUCUUUUUGCUAACGGUAUGCAUUGCAUGUGUGAGUGCGUGGACUCCCCACUGCACGUGGCAACUUUUAUGGAAGUUAAUUUAACCAAGGAAAACAACGUCCAAGUGCAUCCGACUUUGCUCUCGCUCUUCCCUCCCCCCCCGCCCCGAGCCCACUUUCUCACCCUGGUGGUAAGUCCAGACCCCGAGGGUCUCCUGGAGGAUGGGCUGUGUGCUUUCAUUUGAGCUCGUCUGUUUUUCUUAUCAGUUAUCUUUCCUCACAAAAGCAGUACGGAGAAGGUAGAGUGGUUUGCACUGAAAACGUUUUAAAGAAUUCCUUUUGAUUAAGUCUAUGUUUGGCGGAGCAGGCAGGGUCAGGGAUGGGCUUUGGCGCAUCCACAGCUGCAGCCGGGUGUGGCAUUUGGAGGAGGGGGUCUUCGAUCUGACGCAGUCGCCCCCAGACAAGACCAGAUGCCCUGCUAGGGGAAGGCAGGGCUUGUGCAUUCUGAGUUGUGCUGCAUGCUUUCACAGACAAUCCCCAGAGCUGGCUGGGCACUACAAGAAAUUGUUUUUUGGGGGGAGGGGAAAUCAUUUUGAUCCCAUGAAAUUCUUUUCACGGGGUCUUGAUCUCUCAAGGGGAGAAGUUCUGCCGCUGUUUUAGACUGUCUCUCUCGGUGCACAUGAUGCACGUCCUUCAGCAUUUCCACCUUUAAUGCUUCUAUUAAAAUGGCUCCUGAGAUUCUUUUUCCUCCUCUUAGAAGUGAUGCUUUUAUUUUGCUAUGAUUUACUGGUUAUCUCAUUGCUUCUACCCCGUCCCCCCGUCCCCGCAAGAAUCAGUUGGGUCGUUGAUCCUCCUGUGGUUUUAUUUGGGCAUCAUGGUGGACACAACUCUCUCCCCCCUCCCCCCCAAACACUUUAUAGCUCUAUUUUUCUGUGUCCCAAAUUAUGUGUUGUUAUCCUGUAAUAUCUUCAUGGAGGGAGUUGAUCUGUUCCUUCUUAAUUAUGAACAAAAUAUUCUCCCCCACCCCUAUAAACUCCCCUUGUUUUAAGCCUCCCUCUGUUUCGAAAGUUCUCACAAAAUUCUCUGACAGCUAAUUAAACAGAAACACUUCCUUAACCCUCCCUCUUUGUUUAAUUUUGUGUUAAUUGGGGGGGAGGGCAGUUCAGUGGAGCUGUGAAUGACGUAGCACAUGAAAAUAAUGUAUAGAGGUAUAUAUAAAUAUAUAUUUUCUUUUU